AUGCUGAAGGCUAAGAAGCUCGAGUCGGAAGUGGUGGAAUCCCCGGACGACAUACAGAUUCCAGCUCCGGAUCUUGCGCAUACUCUCAUACGACCCUUCGAGUUCCUUGUCAACUCCAGAGACAAUUGCCACCGCAACGCAUUAGUCAUUCUAAACCAACUGCUAACAGGUAUAGAUGUGCCGCGACUAUGGUCCAAUACAGAAUUGCAUGUUUGUGCGGAUGGAGGCGCCAAUCAAUUGUACGAUUAUUUCGAAGCAGAUACAAAAUCACAUUCUCACCUAGCCACUGAACAAACUAGUGAACAAGCUAGCGAUCUCAUUCGUCAGCAGUAUAUUCCACAGUUUAUUGUAGGAGACCUAGACUCGCUACGUGACGACGUUCGUGACUACUACGAGAGAAAAGGUGCACGUAUAAUUCCACAGUAUACCCAAUAUUCUACAGACUUUUCCAAAGCUAUAGCUACAGUAAGAUUGUACUACUAUUCUGAAGCACUGAGACAGGUGUUGGUCAAUGAUUCUAUAGACACCAACAACGGACUCGCAGAGAUAAUCGAAAAAUACGAAGCCGGUAGCAAGCAAGAGCAAACUGUCCGAAUCUAUAUCUUAAGCGGAAUCGGAGGUCGUUUUGACCAGACCAUCCAUUCGAUAUCACAGCUCUACAUACUCAACCAGUCCCACCCAUUUCUUCAGCAUUUCUUCAUCACAACCAGUGAUCUCAUUUUCCUUCUUAAGAAAGGCGUUAAUUACGUAGCAUAUCCCAGUAAAACGACAUUCCAUCUGGCCCAGGUUCCUACCUGUGGCUUGUUACCUUUGGGCAACUCGAAAGUCAUGAUAUCCAGUCACGGAUUGAAGUAUGAUGUCCGCAACUGGGAAAGCGAAAUGCUUGGAAAUGUCAGCUCCAGUAAUGGGAUCAGCGGUGUCGAUGGUGUUGUUGUUGAAGUAUCUGGCCCACUUGUCAUGAACAUCGAAAUAGAGCAUGGUGUAGAAGAUCUGAAAUUAUAG